GGCCCGUAGCCAUACAUACUAGUUUCGGAAUCGGAAUUUACCCACCUACUGGUCAGAGAGUCCUCAGCGACUCAAUUCAAACUCAGAGCCAGAGACUGGCGGACGAGAACUCCUCUCUCUCAAGAUUUCAGCUACCAUAACAGACCUAAUUGAAACCCUAAUUUGCGGUUGGACGAGUCUUCCCCUAAGCUUCCACAGCGCUGUUUUCAAUGUCGUCCAGUUCGGCUUCUUCAAGCUUCGGUGAUGACUUCGUCGACGGAAAUUCCCACCCCAUUUCAUCAAAAUCCGUCGAGGACCAAUUGGCGAGCGUCGCAUUGGCUGAGACCGACGAUGAAAUGGCCUCGGCGCCGCCCAAUCAGGAAAGCCAAGAGGGCAUCCGUUUCGCGUCGGCGAGCGAGGGAGACGUUGAGGCGACUGAAAAUGAUGACGAUGAAGAACUCGUGGGUCGGGUCGAGGAAGAGAUUCGGAGCGAUUCGUGUGCGCCGCUUGGCGGUGUAGAUGAGGUUGGCGAGGGGUUUGGACGAGCUGCUGUCGUUUGGGGGAGAACCAUUUCGGAGAUUGAGGUGGACGCGCCGGUCAGCCCCAGUAGUAGCGGGUAUGCUGGUGAAAGAGGAAGUAGUGGUGCGAGUAGUGUUGAGCUCGAGAUUGAUGAGGUUGGCAAUGAUGAGAUACAGGAGGCGAGGAAUAAUGCUGCUGAGGGCGUUUCGCAUUCACAAGCCUCGUGGGUGCCUGGGAAACGCCAUGUUGAUGAGGAUGAUGCUUCAGUAUCAUGGAGGAAAAGGAAGAAGCAUUUCUUCAUUCUUAGUCACUCUGGCAAACCAAUAUAUUCAAGAUACGGUGAUGAACAUAAGCUAGCUGGAUUUUCAGCAACAUUACAGGCUAUUAUUUCCUUUGUUGAGAAUGGUGGAGAUCGUGUCAAAUUAAUAAGGGCUGGGAAACACCAGGUGGUUUUUCUUGUUAAAGGACCAAUUUAUUUAGUAUGCAUAAGCUGCACAGAGGAGCCUUAUGAAUCUCUAAAGGGGCAGUUGGAAUUCAUGUAUGGUCAGAUGAUACUUAUUCUAACAAAGUCGGUAAAUAGAUGUUUUGAGAAGAAUUCAAAGUUUGAUAUGACAUCUUUGCUUGGAGGAACUGAUGCUGUCUUCUCCUCCCUCAUCCAUUCUUUCAGUUGCAACCCAGCCACAUUUCUUCAUGCAUACACAUGUCUUCCCCUUGCUUAUGCAACAAGGCAAGCCGCAGGUGCCAUAUUGCAAGAUGUUGCCGAUUCUGGUGUUUUAUUUGCAAUAUUAAUGUGCAAACACAAGGUGGUGAGUCUUGUUGGCGCUCAGAAAGCUUCACUACAUCCAGAUGAUGUUCUACUACUUGCCAAUUUCGUUAUGUCAUCAGAAUCAUUUAGGACAUCUGAAUCUUUUUCUCCAAUUUGCUUGCCAAGAUUUAACCCCAUGGCAUUUUUGCAUGCUUAUGUCCAUUAUUUUGAUGCGGAUACUUACUUGGUGUUACUUUCUACUAGUUCAGGUGCCUUUUAUCAUCUCAAGGAUUGCAGGAUGCGUAUUGAGAUGGUCCUUUUAAAGUCAAAUGUUCUCAGUGAAAUCCAGAGAUCCUUGCUAGAUGGUGGAAUGCAUGUUGAAGAUUUGCCUGUUGAUCCUUUACCUCGCUCUAGUGCAUUAUCAUCUCAUCUGAACCUACCCAAACUUCCAACUGAUUCUCCCGAGAGGCUCAGGGACACAUGUGAUGGCAUAGCUGGUCCUUCUGGACUUUGGCAUUUUAUAUACCGCAGUAUAUUUUUAGAUCAGUAUGUUUCUUCUGAGUUCCCAGCACCAAUUAGUAGUCCUAGGCAACAGAAAAGAUUAUAUAGAGCAUACCAGAAGCUUUAUGCUUCAAUGCAUGACAGAGGAAUUGGACUCCACAAAACUCAGUUUAAAAGAGAUGAAAACUAUGUUCUGCUUUGUUGGGUCACUCAAGAUUUUGAACUUUAUGCAGCAUUUGAUCCACUUGCAGACAAGGCAUUGGCUAUAAAGACUUGCAACCGUGUUUGCCAAUGGGUGAAAGAUGUUGAAAACGAGAUAUUUUUGCUUGGAGCAAGCCCCUUCUCGUGGUGAUAAAUAUUCCAAAAACUUCUGUAGCGCACAGCAUGUACUAUAUCGUUUUUUUUUCUUCAUGAUUUAAUGAAAUUCAAGUAAUAGUAUAUUUCGUUUUGUUCCCUGUUCACACGUAUUUGCAUAUCAACGAGUAGGGAACGGGUUUAGUGGUUUACUACUUUCCGAGGGAUUUUUUUUUUUUUUUGCUAAUAGCUUAUUUUGAAAGAAACAAAACCUGUACUCAAUUAUUCUCUCUAUACACAUUUGGUGCUAUAAACGAUGCAAUAAAUGUCGGUUGAUCGCUUGCUUGGA